ACAUUACGAAAGGUGAUCAACGUGGUAUAAGAUAAGGUCUCUGUUAGCAAUUGUUUAAACACCACUUUAAAGGAAUAAAUGGAUAAUUUCGUUCAAUUUACAACUUUUUAUGGUCAAGAUACCGUUGGCUGGAUUCAAAUAUGUGCAACCGGGAAGUUUUAAUGAGUUUAUGUUACUGUUGUGAAAAUAAUGUGACGCCGAAAUGGCCUUAAUAUGCUGGGAUAGUCGUUUAGUCGUGUAUUUAAUAAUGUCUUGUCCGUAUGUAAACAUGAUGUCAAAAUCUUGACAGCUAAACAACAUAGGUGUUACCGCAAACUCAAGAAAAAGUAACUGUUAGUUCAUUAUAACACGGCGUUAUUUUGAAUGAAAAAAACAAACAAACAACAACAAAAAGUUAUCGAUAUCUAAAUGAUUAUAAUAAUAAUAAUCAAAACUCUUAACAGUUCAUUUGCUAACAAUGCACGUUUAUCGCACGAAACGAAUAAUGCACGAUUAAAAAAUCAAUGACUGGUAAUUGUUCAAUUUAAUAGUUAAAGUUACAUACGGCGGUGGAAAAUACUUACUUUACGGACCAUGUUUUACUUGUAGAAAAUCACAAAAUAUAUGGAACUGAAGUUAUAAAGUUGCUAUAUCAGAGAUGGGAUUUUACUAAAUAUAAGACUGGUAUUGAAGAUUCAUGCGGCUGACGUAGUUUGUGACAGAAAUUAUGAAGUGGAAUACAAGAUGUAUGGUCGUCGGUCUUAUGGUAGUUGUAGCCAUGUUUGCAACAAUGCAGUUGAUUCAAGUCACCAAUCAGUACAAUAACAUACAUGGUCGUGAACUGACAGCGAUUGAGCAUGCGCAAAAUAUUUUGAAGAAAUCAUGCCGGGAGGUAUUUCCGGUUCCGCAAGGCGUACGCAUUUUCUCAGACGGAAGACAGGUCCGCCAUUUUGCUUUUCUCAAGGUUCACAAAGCAGCAAGUGGAACAGCUACUUCAAUCUUUUUCCGAUUCGGAAUGACUCGGGGUUUAACGUUCGUUUUGCCAAAGUGGUUGAACAUUGUCAGUUCAACAGAUACGCUGACCGAGAAACAGAUCCAUCCUCGGCUGAAUAAAUCAUUCGACAUCAUGACUAGUCACGUGAUUUAUAAUAAAACAGCUUUUGGCAAAUUUCUUCACAGUGAUUCCGUGUAUGUAGGUAUCAUUCGGGAGCCAUAUCAGCAGUUUAAAUCUAGCAUGAAUUACAUGGCACCAAAAUACGUGUAUAAUAUUUCUAAAGUAAAUCCUAUUCAACAGUAUUUACAAGAUCCACUUAAAUACGAAACUGCAAAAAGCCCGCGGUUUUCGUGGAUAAACAAUCGCCAGGCAGCAGAGUUUGGGACUCCUGAUGAAAUUAUUAUGAAAAGAAACAAAACUGCAAUGAAAGAGUAUGUAAAAAAGCUUGAUAAAGAAUUUCAUCUAGUGAUAAUCUCAGAGUUUUUCGACGAAUCCAUAGUUCUGCUCCGUCGGAUGUUUAACUGGAGCUUGAAAGAUAUACUCUACAGACGACUGCACACACGUGGUUGGGACCGGAAGUUAACUCUUCCAAAACCACGUGACCGGAAGCUAUACCGCCGUUAUGCAUUUGCAGACUAUGCAAUUUACGAUUUCUUUUACAAAAGACUUUGGAAACAAGCUAUACAAGCCGGUGAAGAUUUUUUCGGUGAAGUGCUUCAUUUUAAACAGGUCCGAGACGAGGUGGAUGAUUUUUGCAAAGUGUUUCCAAAUAUAACAGAAACGUAUACUGUCGAAAGAAGCGAAUGGAAUAAAGAAUUCUCAUUGGAUAAAGAGUUUUGUGGGAUGAUGUAUUCCGAGGAAGAAGACUGGGUUAAGAAAAUAGCCCUCAAGCAAUAUAAUAUACAUCCGAAAUGAUUCUAGUCUUGGUACGAUAGUGACACAUAAUUAUAUAUGUGAACACUGUAGCAAAAAUUCGCCGGAUGUGUUCUCAAGGCAAUGUGCAUUUUUUAUUGCCAAUUUGGCGAUUUUUUUAUUGUCAAUGUGGCAAUAUGUUCUUUUGAUUAGCAAAUUAGCAAUUAGCAUUUUGUUUGGCAAUUCCAUCUGUAUUAUCGUAUAUAAUUAGUUAAAUAUCAUAAAACAUACAUCCGUAGCAUUUAUAUUUAACUCUGGCGAUUAUUUCUUCAUGUAAUUCCAUGUACUUUUGAAAAUAACAUUUCUUUUUUUGUGAUAAAAAUAGUAUGAGUAUACUUUUACGAGUAUUUAUUAAAAUUGACUGCUUUGAAGGUUGGGUGGAUUGAAAUUCUUUUUACCGGAAGUACAAUUCUAUUGUUGUUUUUUUUAACAAAUGGUUAUUUUGUACAGAGAGAUGUGAUUGGUUGAUAAAUCAUGCGUCCGUCUUUAGCAAAUUAUCACUCUAACUUACCGGAUCUCAGAAAAAAGUUUAAUUUAGUACUAGAUUUCCAUUUUAUGUAUCGUAUGAUAUAGUGUUGUUUCACUGGUGUUUAUUAUGUGGUAUUGCACUGUUUUGAUAGUGUUUAUCUGUUAUAUUUCGUUUGACUUAACUGUGCUACGUGUGAUUAACUAUUAGUGCAUUUUGUAUUUGACAAAAGUAUCAAGAUGAAUUAUUAUGUAUGGAACGAGACAGAGAAAAUAUAAGGACGUCAUAUUUAUAUGAUUUAAAUGUUUGUUAAUAUUUCAAUGUGCACACUUAAUUUACAUAUCCUCACUUUGAAUAACAUUAUUCAGUCUACGGAAACACUUUGAUUCCAAUUUAAGAGAUUAUUAUGCCUGCACGUGUAUAAUGUUCACAUCUAUCCGACGUAUUCCGCUAUUGAAUAUGACUUGAUUUAGGGUCAUUGUUCAUUGUAUCAUCCUAUCUAUUCGAGAUAUUGCCACAGUCAUGUUGUCGUUCCCAUUGUCGAUAUCGUUGCCGUCCGAAAACUUUAAUCAUAAUUAUCUUUUCUUUUUUUGCUAAUUGAUUGUCUUCAUACUCCGAGUCUCGGACACAACAACAUUUGGUCAAGACCCAUUUGUAGACUAGACUGAAUUUUACCUUGACUCAUUUAAGACAUUGACAUUGAAGGUGAAAAUGCUUGAGUUAGUUUCGCUAUAGCUGGUUAUAACAUGAUAUUGGAAAUAAUAAAUUAAUUACCCUUGGAACAAGACCUUUAAGAAGACCUAACUAAAUUUGACCUUGUCCAAAAAUGACCUUGAUCUCGAAGUUCAAAGCAUUCCAUUUGCUAUGUUUGACUAUUUCUUUUGAUUAAUGAAUAUAUUGUCUAAUACUUUUGUUAUAACUAAUCUUGAUAAUACGUUAAAAGAAGGUAAAUUCAUAACUUUAUCUCGACAUGCGACCUUGACCUGCAUGGUCAAUGUUUUAAGUCAUGCUAAAAUUGGCUAUAACUUUGCCUUUUUUCAAUGUAUUUGAUUCAUUAACAACACUUAUGACAAAACUGGCAAGUUGAAAAAUUCUUGACAAUCACCGUCAAGAUCUUAAAUCAUUAACAGACGGUUUUGAUUCAUGUUGAGUCAAAACAACACUUAUAACUGAAAUUUGCUUGAAUUGUCAUGAAUUUGUCCUUUAUUUAGGAAUUUGAUUAAAACUUGAAGAAUAUGAAUGUGAAGUAUUUGAAAACUUUUCACCACAAUGAGCUUUCAUGGGUGUGUGUUUUUGUUAAGUUUGACAAAACUUGCCAAAUGUUUACAAUUAAUAAUUAUUCAGCUAUAGUUCUGUACAUCUGUUAUAACCAUUUAUAUCAUUAUAUUUAAACCACUUCAGGUAGCUCGCAAAGCUUAAGGCAACAUAAUAAAGCAUGCAAACACGGUAAAUAAUAGUGCAAAUGUUUGGAUUUUAACCGAAUAUUGCAUUUUUCAGCCGUAGGUUGGUAUUUCUUACCGUGACUUCCGGUAAAUUUACGGGCUAAAGUCCAACAUUUUCCCGGUAUUUGCCGGAAAGGCAAUCCAUAUAGUAUUCAAAAAAAGAGCACUUAACCAAGCAAAAGUUUAUUUAUGAUUAACACGGCAAAGUAGUUUAAAAAAAAAUUAAAAAAAAAAUAAAUGACUUUUUUCAUUAGGAUAAUACAGAAAGAAAUCAUAUAGAUUAUUUAAGGGGAAUCGUAUUUCUAGUGAUUACAUUUAUAGUCUAUAAAUUAACUCAUGAGACUUAUUUGACAUAGUUGACAAGACUUUGUAAUGAAAUAAAAACUAGGCAUGUGUAUAUUAUGAAGCAGAAAAAGGCACAUCACAGUAAUGUGUCAUUAUUUCUAUGUGAAUCAGUUUUUUCGUCCAACUACUUUGUUACUUUAAUAAUUAUCCAAUGCUUGAUUAAUUGAAUAUGACAAAUGCUUUUCUUGGUAUUAGUAUAUUUCAAUGAUAAAUGACGUCAUUUUCUGUUCCUCUAGAUAAUAAAUCAUUAACGCUGUAAGAUAGAUAAGGAAAGCGGUGGCCUAGUGUCCGACUCUCAAGGGUUCGAGUCUUACUUGGGUCACGACCAUGAUUUUUCAUAUAAUACCAGUACUGGUUGGUUUAAGGAAGCGGAUUCGAAAGUUGCGUGAACUUGUUUCGCAAUCGAGCUAAAAUAAAUAUGUUAAAAGUAAUAAUCAAAGAAUCACUCUGAAGAAACCGAUUUUGACAGAUGAAGAACUAUUGCAUAUAAUAUUUAAAAUCCAAGUGAACUUUUUUUGUCAUAUCAGUAAGCAAAAUACAGUGUAUGACUAAAUUUAUUGUUUUUGUCACUUUUUUUCUUGCUUACAUAAUAGCCUGUUUCUGUUAAUUUCAGCUCUUAGAUUUAAUUGAAAGUGUUCUUAAGUAAGUAUUUACUAAACUAAAGCAGUGAAUAGUGGCGCAGCACUAAGCAGUAAACUAAUCACUGGGCAAUGAUCAUUACUGCACCUGCCGUAUUGGUUACUGACAAAAAUUAUAUAAUACAUAAAUGAAGAAAAUGGCAUGAACAGUGAAGCGUGCUGCUUAUGUAUGAAAAAAUAAAA